AUGGCGGGGGAGAAUGAAACCCCCAACCCCGGCUCCCGGAUCAUGACCUUCUACCCGACCAUGGAGGAGUUCCGCAACUUCAAGCGGUAUAUGGCGUACAUGGAGUCUCAGGGAGCGCACCGCGCAGGAUUGGCCAAGGUGGUCCCUCCCAAGGAAUGGAAGCCACGGACCUGUUACGAUGACCUGGACGAUCUGGUGAUCCCGGCACCCAUUCAGCAGGUGGUGACCGGCCAAUCCGGACUCUUCACACAGUACAACAUUCAGAAGAAGCCCAUGACCGUCAAAGAGUUCCGACGUAUCGCCAACAGUGACAAGUUCUGUACACCUCGCUACGCUGACUUUGAAGAUCUGGAACGCAAAUACUGGAAGAAUCUGACUUUCAACGCUCCGAUUUAUGGAGCUGAUGUCAACGGGACUCUCUAUGACAAGCAUGUGGAAGAAUGGAACAUCGGCCGUCUGAACACCAUCCUGGACGUGGUGGAGAGGGAGAGCGGCAUCACCAUAGAGGGUGUGAACACCCCGUAUUUGUAUUUCGGCAUGUGGAAGACCUCCUUUGCCUGGCACACUGAAGACAUGGACCUGUACAGCAUCAACUACCUGCACUUCGGAGAGCCCAAAUCAUGGUACAGCAUUCCACCAGAGCAUGGCAAGAGACUGGAGAGACUGGCCAAAGGCUUCUUCCCCGGCAGCGCUCAGAACUGUGAAGCAUUUCUGCGUCACAAGAUGACUGUCAUCUCGCCCUUCAUCCUGAAGAAAUACGGCAUCCCCCUUCGAUAAGAUCACUCAGGAGGCUGGAGAGUUCAUGGUCACCUUCCCAUACGGCUACCAUGCUGGCUUCAACCACGGCUUCAACUGUGCCGAGUCCACCAACUUCGCUACGUUGAGAUGGAUCGAGUACGGGAAACAGGCUGUUCUGUGCUCCUGCAGAAAGGACUGGUGAAAAUCUCGAUGGAUGUGUUUGUACGCAAGUUCCAGCCCGAGCGCUACAAACUCUGGAAAGUGGGAAAAGACGUCACGGUUAUUGACCACAGCCUGCCCACCCCGGAGGCAGCGGAGUUUGUGGAUGAACAUAAUGAAUCUGAGCAAAAGAAAAGCGUGACCAGACACCGCAUCGGAACCAAGCGGCACCGGGUGUGUUUGGAGGUCCCGGAGGAGCUGAGCCACAAUGAGGACUUCAAAGAUGUGCAGUGUGACAUGGAGACCUCCUGUGUGAAUGAAGUCAAAGAGGAGGAGUGCAGUCCGGAGGACACAGAACCAGGGUCUUCUGGACAACAAUAUGAAACUUUGAAAAAUGUUGAAAAUUAUGGCAUGCCAGAAAGUUACACUCCAUACUCCAACCCGGCCAGCCCGUCCUCCAGUGCAGACAGCUCCUCGUCAUCCCAGGACAGCUCCCCGGACAGCGCGGCCUCAUCGGACACAGAUUCCGACACACAGCAAAGAUGCACCACGAAGAAAAAGGCCGGUGUGCACAGCUACUCCAAAGGCAAAGCUGCCGUGCAGAAGAAAACCAGCUCCAUGGCCAGCUUUACCGAACACGAGCUGGAGGAGGUUGCUGGGAAGCACCGGAACAUGCAGGAGCACCAGAAUGCCAAAAGCAGAAGACAACCCCUCUCCAAACUCCCCCGUUACCACCCAUUGGUGAUGAAGGACAGCAGUAGUGAAGAUGACCAGCCUGAACAGACUCUGAGGGAUGAUGAGUUUGAGGAGACGGAGCCCUGGGCCAAACCCCUGAGCCAGCUGUGGCAGAACAAACCUCAGACCUUCCAGUUGGAGAGGGAAUACAACCUGGCCAUGUCUCGGGUCCCUCCGCACUGCUCCGUAUGUCUGCUCUUCAGGACGUAUUAUCAGUCUGAUUGUGAAACUCAGAGCAAGGCCGUUCCCACCCCUGUAGCCUUCCAGCUGAAAACAAAACCACUUAUCCCAGAGAUGUGCUUCACAACCACCAGCUGCAACACCGAGCUGAACCUGUCAGCUCCGUUCCUGGAAGACGAUGGAACCAGCCUGCUGAUCUCCUGCACAAAGUGCAACGUGUGUGUACAUGCAAGUUGUUACGGCGUGUCCAAAGACAAAGCUGUGGAGGGCUGGAUGUGUUCUCGCUGUGAGGAGGAUGCCAUCACACAGGACUGCUGCCUGUGUUCUCUGAGAGGUGGAGCGUUACAGAAAGCCAAUGAUAACCGGUGGGUUCACGUCAUGUGUGCCGUGGCCAUUGCCGAAGCAAAAUUUGUCAACAUUGCCGAGAGGCGUCCUGUAGACAUCAGUAAAAUCCCCUUGAUGAGGUUCCGGCUGAAAUGUGCUUUCUGCAAGAAGAGGCGAAAGAGGGUGGCGGGAUGCUGCGUCCAGUGCUCACACGGCCGAUGCCCCACGUCGUUCCAUGUCUCCUGCGCCCAGGCUGCUGGAGUGAUGAUGCAGCCGGAUGAUUGGCCCUUCGUGGUGUUCAUAACCUGCUCCAGACACAAACCCUCCCAGAAUGAGGGCAAAGACUCUGAUAGAGACAUCGUAUUGGGGCAGACGGUCAUCGCCAAACACAAGAAUGGCCGUUACUACCAGAGCGAGGUGGUCAAGCUGACAAAGGAAACCUUCUACGAGGUCAAUUUUGAUGAUGGCUCCUUCAGUGACAAUCUCUAUCCAGAGGAUAUCGUGAGCCGCGACUGUCUUAAUUUGGGUCCUCCAGCCGCUGGGGAUAUCGUUCAGGUCCGCUGGACCGAUGGCCUUGUGUAUGGAGCAAAGUUUGUUGCAUCUCACACUAUACAGAUGUACCAGGUGGAGUUCGAGGAUGGCUCUCAGCUCCCAGCAAAGAGGGACGACGUGUACACUCUUGAUGAAGAGUUGCCAAAGAAAGUGAAGUCCCGUCUGUCUGUGGCGUCCGACAUGCGCUUUACGGAAAUCUUCACAGAGCAGGAAGUGAAGCAAGAGGUGAAAAGACAGCGAGUCAUCAACUCCAGGUAUAGGGAGGACUACAUCGAGCCCGCCUUGUACCGCGCCAUCAUGGAGUGA